AUGUCUGACGAUGGGGUGACGGGUGCUUAUAGGGGGGACCAUUUCGCCAUCAAGAUCAUAAUCGCGACGUUCAUCGGGAUAUCCUGGUACAAUGCGUUGGAAUUGUGCGUCCUGGUUUUUGUGACCUUCAGCCAUUAUCGAGGACUUUACUUUUGGAGUUUGUUGAUAUCAGCUACCGUUGGCGUCAUACCCUAUGCGCUUGGAUUUUUACUCAAGCUCUUCCACUUGAUGGACACGGUCUGGCUGUCGCUUGUAUUUCUUACGAUCGGCUGGUGGACCAUGGUCACCGGCCAGUCCUUCGUCCUAUACUCCCGACUCCAUCUUGUUAUCCGAGACCAGAAGAUCCUACGCCGUGUGCUAUGGAUGAUAAUCUGCAACAUCUUUAUCCUCCACCUUCCAACGACUAUUCUCACGUUUGGUUCGAACUCGAGUCAUCAGCUCAGAUUUGUUCCGGCGUACAAGAUUAUGGAGAAGAUACAGAUGACUGGUUUUUUCAUUCAAGAGGUCAUCCUUUCCACCCUCUAUAUACGGGAAACAACCAAGAUGCUGCGGAUAGCACCUAAGCACGGGAGCCGAAAAAUAAUGUAUCAGCUGCUCGGUAUCAACCUGAUAUUCAUCGUCAUGGAUCUCGCGCUAUUAAGCACAGCCUACGCCAAUCUAUAUGUCAUUGAAACGACCAUCAAAGCCAUGAUAUACAGCGUCAAGUUGAAGCUUGAAUUCGCUGUUUUGGGGAAACUUGUCCAUCUGGUCAACAUACAUUCCUGGAACCCAGAAUUCUUUAGCGGAGCAAACGGCUACCCCGACUUCGUGGAUCCGACUCAAAUAACUUCAGAUAUCACUCGACCCCCCAAGUGCAUCAACAGUCCUCCAAACCCGCCGUGGUCGUUCCCUGACGCGUUGCCAAUUAUGUCGGAUCCGCAAUUGGGCAGGAAAGAAGACGUGGCGCCUUCAAGCAGUGGCAGUUUGGCUACAACGCAGCUCGCUCCAUCCACCCCCAACGGUAUUCCAAUGCCAGUGCCAGUCGACGUUACACAUGCCAUACCCUCCCAGAUUAUGUCACCCAAGAUCCUUCCCGCAUGGCCGAGUUAG